AUGGCUGAAACGAGAAGUUUCGCUGUCCAGCUAGAUGAAGUGAAUGAAGAGGAGUUCGAACUCCGCAUCAAGGCACAUGGCAAGAAACAGCACCGCAACUUUACCGGAUAUGACCAAAACAAACCUGCAGUAGUCUACGGUUAUCGACAUGCUACUGUCCACGGCUCAUUUGUGGAUGACCAGGAUCAGUCUCAAGACGGCAGUUUGAUCAUUCUCGACUGGCAUUUGUUGCCGAGAGACCCCAGCAAGAGAUUCAAAUUCGUCAGGAUAAAUGCCGUCUUCCAAGGGCCAGAAGGUUGCAAGUCAUGGGAUGAACCUUCUGUGUAUGACAUCGCCCCGAAAGGUAGCUUUGGCCUCUGCAGGAGCAACUUCACGGAAGAGAAAAAGAGGGAAUUGGAGGGUUCCUUGGGAGCCCAGUUUGGGGGAUCGGCAAGCGUCAAGGCCGUCUAUGGAUUAUCGACUUCGACAGUCAUCGGAGAUAAGAUCAGCAUCAAUGGGCAAGCCUACCUCGACUGCAAUAUUGGCGCAGAGCGUGAUCCAGAUGCAUGCAAUGGUGUCGAGUGGAACUUUUACGAAAACAAGUCCAAGAGAAGUGGCCUACCGACAUAUGUACGUACGGCAAUACUUGUUCGUCGCGAGACCGAUGAGGAGUUCACGGCAACAUUCACUGUCAGGGCCAAGGUCGGGACCUUGACUGAUAUGGAGUCGAAGUUGAAGAGGGUACUGGGGUACAAGGAUGAUCCAAUAGUGUUUGUACCGGGUAUGAAGGAAAAGACGGCUUUUGACGGUAUGACUGAUGAACUGCACAAGGUCAAUCUUCUGGAUCAAUGUAUUUUCAUCAUGGACAAUGAUGUACCUAGAGCUUCAGAUGAGAAGGACACAGAGGAACCACAGAUGGCUGAGGGUAAGAGUGACGUGGGGGUUACUGUCGAUAUUGCUAUUUAG